AUGGAAGAGCAAUUCCAGGUCAAUUCUGGUGAUGUUCGACCCCCAACACAGCCCACAAAUGUGCUUUCACAUCAACUCACCAACAACACCUAUGCUAAUUUUCAAUUUAAUACCAAUGGCACAAGAAGAAAAACAAAGGAAACCGUGCGCUCCACAACAAAGCUGAAAUUGGAGCGGAUUCUUGGGCUCACAUCCACAUCGUCUAAUAUACUAGCAACAGCAAAUGACUUGAUUGCUUAUGCAGCAGGAGCUGUUGUUGUUAUUUACAACCACAAACGAAACAAACAAGUGGCAUUUCUGUAUCCCCCAGCUGUCACUCAGUCAACAACAGCAAACAAUGCGAGCAACAUCAACAGCAGCAAUUUGAACCAGCCCUCCUCCAUGCCAUUGAUCACACCACUGGGCGGAGGAAACAACAACAAUAACGAAAUACUGACCACAUCACAGAACAUACCUGCGGAUGAGAAGAAAUCGACACCAGCCAGCAAUCGUGCGAAACCCAUCAGCUGCUUGGCAUUCUCACCUGAUGGAAAUUACCUGGCCGCAGGAGAGAUGGGCCAUCAACCUCGCAUUUUCAUCUGGGAUGUCAAAGAGAAAAAGCUGCUUCGAGAGUUCAGAUCGCACAAAUUUGGAGUGCUUUCAUUGACGUUUUCCCCGAAUAUGCGAUACUUGGUUUCAGUUGGAUUUCAGCACGAUGGAUAUCUCUAUGUGUGGGAUUGGAAAAAGGGGAUUAAAUUGGCUGGCAACAAGGUGACGAGUCGAGUAAACGCUGUAUCGUUUUCAAAAGAUGGAUCUUACUUUGUCACGGCUGGAUUGAGACAUGUCAAAUUCUGGUAUUUGGAUGCGCGAGGUCGAAUUCCCAAAAGAGGCAACUUGUCAUCCAGGGAAACGCAAGUUUUAGAUGGUAGAUCAGGAAUACUGGGUGUACUACGAGAUGCUAAUUUUGUCAAUGUCGCUUGCGACCGGAGUAGCAAUACUGGUUACACCUACUUCAUCACGGACGCUGGUAUUUUGUGUAUCUUUAAGGAGGGACGAGUCAUUGACAAAUGGGUGGAUCUUCAGGUGAAAAAUGCCUAUUCAAUUGCAGUUUCGUCAAAUUAUGUGAUAUGUACCUGUUCAGAAGGCGUCAUUCGGCUGUUUGAACCAAUUACACUAAAAUAUGCAGGAAUAUUGCCUAAACCUCAUCCUUUGGGUACUGACAUUAGCUUGGUCAUAUCGCCUGAUAUGGUGCGUCCAGCAGAUGCCUCGACAUGCUAUCCAGAUGCUGUGGCCAUGGUGUACGAUGAAAAGGUGCAGCGAGUCAUCUCGGUUUACUCGGACCGUAGUCUGUACGUUUGGGACAUUCGGGACCUGACAAAGAUUGGCAAGUACCGCAGCUUCAUCUUUCAUAGUGAUUGUGUGUGGGGUGUCGAGCCAUGUCCAACUGUAGAGCGCGAGGAUAAUGCCAUACCAUUGAAUUCAUUUGCCACCUUUUCAGGAGAUGGCACCAUUCGCAUCUGGAACCUGGACAACCCUAUCUACUCCUCGUCUUCAUCUCCUUUAUCGCCACAACAACAGCUGAAUCGAGCCAUCAUGUCUCCCAGCAGCAGUACCGCUGUGGGUGCGCAUCGCCGUAACAUAUACUCCCGAGAGCUAGUCAAGAUGAUAUACGCUGAUCCAGACGCUGCUGAAUUUUCAAAGGUGAAAGGAGACCUCGAAUUUACCGAGGACCAAUGCCCUGACUUUGGAAUUCGAUCACUUAAAAUGAGCGCUGAUGGACACAUCAUGGCCAGUGGUGAUCGAAAUGGUAACUUAAGGGUGCACGAUAUGAAUUCUUGGGAGAUGCUCGCUUAUCAAGAAGCGCAUGAUUCUGAAAUUUUGUCUAUUGAUCUCACAACGCCUCGAAGCAAAGAUGCACCUAGCUUGAUUGCUACCGCCAGCAGAGACCGAUUACUGCAUAUUUUCGAUAUGAAAGCCAACUGUCAGCUUGUUCAGAGCUUAGACGAUCAUUCUUCAUCCAUCACAGCAGUGAAAUUCUCAGAAGAUGCCAACAGACUCAUCAGUUGUGGUGCUGAUAAAGGCAUUAUAUUUCGCAAUCGCACCCAUCCAGUGACACCGUUCCACGAUCCAUCACCCCGACCUUACUCUACAUACCACAAUUACUCGGGAAGAAGCACCGUAUUCGACAUGGCACUUGACGUGAACGGCCGCUAUGUGGCUACUGUCACUGGCGAGCGAAAGCUGUAUGUUUUGAGCGUGGAAUCUGGAAAGCCUUUUCGCAUCUGCAAGCCAGAGACAUCAGAAGAGGUUGGAAAAGCGUCGGAAAACUCGGGAGGCAGUUUGAUCAACAUUGACUUGGACCCAUUCUCUGGCACAUAUGCUGUUACCAGUGGCUCUGAUCGCUGCGUCAGAUUGUUUGAUCUCACAAACAGCACCUGCAUUGAAAAAGUGUGUGCUCAUUCAGAGCUGAUUACUGCUGUUAAAUUUGUUCGAACCAACACAGAGGAAAACGGCUUACGUGUAGUGAGUACAUGCUCAGAUGGUACGAUAUUUGUGUGGAAAGUCAGCCAAGAAAUCAUAGCCAAGAUGUGCGCAAGAGCCAGCGAGCGAGACUCCAAGAUGCGACAACAGCAAAGGGCAUCAGUCGACGAGGACAGUGCCAGCUAUGUUACAGACGAGAAGAGGGAUCUUUUGCUUCUUCAGCACAGCAACAAGCGGGUUAGACGAGUGUCGACGGCUACAGCCAUACGCCCCACCGCUAGCAUCUCACAGAUGAUCCGGCAAGGCGAAAGAAGAACAUUUUCAACCAUGUCACCCGCAGAGCAAAAGUACGAUGAUUUGUACAAGAAAAUUGCCAUCUCCUCGGGGCGGCGCAACAACAAUCGAGAUAACGUACCAAGCAACACGAAUAUACCCAACAAUACCACCCACAUUAUGCAUUCUCAUCCUCAUCAAACACAAACUGGCGACACUCAGGCACCAGUGUCACCUAUCACUACAACAGCGCCUCAUACCAACCGCAUCUUGAACCCUAACAGCAACAGAGCCUUGUUUGGACGCAAAGAUAAUAGAAUCGCCACUUCUCAACCUGCCUUACAAGACGCCAGCAAUGAUAGAAAGUCUCCUCCUGAGCGCAUCGGGGGCAAACUAGACAGACUCUAUAACGGCCUUCCUACUAGCGGCAAUGGUAGCAGGGACAGAACGAUGAGCCAAGUGACGCCACCAGCAGGUCUGGUUCAAUACCGUCAACAACAGCAGCAGGUUCUUUCGUCUCCUUCGAAUCAUGCUGGCAGAACGAACCCGGUUCUCCGUCGAGCCAUGUCCAAAGAUACCUUGAAAAAGGAGCACGAGUCUAGUAGAAAGUCCCCUACGCCAUACAAUAUGAAACAGCAACUUCAGGAACGAGAAACAUCUGGAUCGCCCGUGAUCAACAGAAGAAGCAGCCAGCCUGCGUUUUCAAACGCAAACAUUACAAACAGACGGUUGAGCGAUCAUCCUGUUACUGUGAAGGCUGAUACACGAGACACGUUUGAGAAUGAAACAUGCAAAUCCAUCACUGAAGACGGAUCAGACAAUGAUGCUGAUGUGGAUGACAACAAUCGAGACCAAGAGGAAGACGACGAAGAAGAGGAAGAAGAAGACGACGAAGAAGAGGAAGAAGAAGAAGAGGAGGAGGAGGAGAUCAUAUUUACGCCGGAACAGGACAAGAUCAGCAAGCCCUUUGAAGUUUCGCUGCACCACGCGCCGUCCAUUGAAGAAGUGGGGGAUGAUGAAGAUGGCCGAAACACGCCUGUUUCAGACAAUGAAACACAUAGUAAAGCAGAUGAAGAUGAAGAUGGAUCAAGCGAAGAUAAUGUAGAUGAUGCAAUUAAUCGUGAUAUCGUUGCUCGAGAGCCACCUCGCGUUUCAACUUCGCUUAGUCGAACAACAAGCUCUGCCAAUAGUAACCGCCGUCGUAGUAACUUGUUUGACACUGCUGGAAGAACAUCUUCUGAUCUGCUACUGCCUUCUUCUCCUCCCUGUGAAGAGCAAGACACGACUUUAUCCAUGAAUGCUACCGCCACUACGCCAUCAAACACUGCUUUCAAGGAAAUCCAAAAGAAACUGGAAAAAGCUGCUAAACGACAGAGUAUCACGGCUCGAUUCUUGUCUUCGUUGACAAAAUUAGAUGGAUUGCCUGCUGCAGCACCGUCAUCGACAAGACCUUCAUUAAAUCACGUCAUGACCACAUUUCAGGAACUCUCGUCUACCGGUGGUGCUGCUUCUGCUGCAAAGCCGACAGCCAAAACAUCGACUCUGCCACCAACAUCUCCCAUACGUCAUGUGUGGAUGGAUGACGACUCGGAAACAGUUAUACCAAACGCAAAAUUAGUUAUCGAGAUUGCACCUCCUAAUCAACCUGAGGAAAGGAAACAGGACAUCAUCGCACCCUCAAAAAAGACUACCGACAAACAAACGAGUGAGCCUAAACCUACUGCUCAACAACAGCACGACGAUUCAUCAUUGGACAAUGCACUUGCAGACUUGGAUGGCGUUUCUAUACUUCUGGAUAGUGUGUUGGAGGUGUAUCUGACUAAAUUGAAAUCAGCUAAUAACAAUCAUCGGCAGCAGAGAGCAAUGUCUACUAUAGAAGAGAAACUAAAUGGGGUAGCUGACAAGAUUAACAAGAGUCUACAAAAGGAUAGUCCUCCAAAACCAACUGACCAAAGCACAGCCACAGAGAAAACCUCGCCCGAGACGAUUGAUCUGCUGGAAAAAUACUCUGCAAUGCUACUCAACAUGGUUGAAAGUAAGCUCAAUAAAUAG